UCUAACACCAAAGAAUAACAAGGGACGAGAGGAGUGGAGACUAGCUCCGAUGCUAUCUAAGCCAUUUCGAUAGCUUAUCAAAGCCAGAAAAUCCAUCCAAUGAACCAUUUCGAUUUAGAAAAGAACAAUGCCAAUAAUAUUCAGAUGGAUCAUUUGAUUGGAUUUGGAGAUGACGGAUAGAAAAAGUUAACAAAGCCAAAGACGCAAACUUUAAACUCCGACAAGAUUCCGAUAGACUGGCCAACAUUUGCGACAGAGAUCGAAGUGUUCCAGAAAUUACAGGAGGAUUUUGAGAAUGUGAGCAUGUCUCAUAUUUCUCGAAAUAGAAAUGGCCAGACGGACAACGCAUUAGCAAAAUAAGGAAGAACCAGAGACUAUUUUUUCCAUAUAGAUCAAACUCGGCCAGACGGAGGUGCUCCUUGGAGAAUCGGUUCGUCUGACACUUGGGCAGCUGGUGAAAAAAAGAAAAGAAAACUCCAACAAGACAAACUACAAAUAAAAAGUUGAGUUCUUUUGUCUUAAAUUCACUAACACAUUAACCUUAGGGUUUGAUCCAAUAUUGAGUAUCCGUUUUCACAGGAAAAAAACAAUUCAGGUUUAGGGUUUAUCCCUUUUAUCUCAGUUCUCAAAUGAUCAACGGUUGAGAGGAGAGGUUCUAGUUACACUUACAAAGGGUUAGCAUUAGAUCGAAAAGUCUUGAUCUUUUCGAUCUUUGAUUCCGGACGACAAGUGAAAGUUGAAAAAAGUGCAAGUUUCGGGAGUUGUUUGUACUUGUUCUUAUAAUAUAUGGACAAGAUAAGUCAAUUACCAGAUGAUUUGCUCAUAAAAAUAUUGUCACUAGUCCCAACAAAAGAGGCAGUUGCCAUGAGAGUUUUGUCUUAGCGAUGGAUGUCUCUUUGGACACUAGUGCCAAGACUAAUCUUUGGUGAUUACCCAGAGGAAGAUGAUGAUAGGGAAGAUGAGGAUGCAAAGGCUAGUGAGAAUGAUCACUGCUGCUCGCAGUUUGUUGGAACUUUGCUACUACAUAAAGCCCCGGUUCUCGAACGUUUUCAUCUCAACCGUGUUUCAGGAUGCAGUGCUUCCGAGAUUGAUUUAUGGAUUAGAAUUGCAGUUGAUCGUUUCGUGCGGGAUUUGAAGAUACGGUUUUUCCCUAAAUACGGGAUUAUAAGAUUGCCUAGUACACUAUUUAGAUGCGCAACACUAGAGACUUUGGAACUUCGGAAGGUGGUUAUUUCGGAAGUUCCUUCUCAAGUUAGCUUUCAAUCUCUUAAGACGUUUCGUCUGCUGUUUGUAAAGUAUGCAGACAAAGAAUCUUUCGUGAGGCUUAUAUCAGAUUGCCCUGUUCUCGAAGACUUGGUUGUAGAAACUUGUCACGAUGACAAUGUGGUGACUUUUACUAUAAAUGUGCCUUCCCUGGAGAAGUUUUCCAUCAGGAAUACAUUGCAAGACUUGGAGACUGAGAACGAUGUGUUUGUGGUACAUUACCAUUCAUUGAAGCAGUUAACAAUCGUGGACUACUUCGGUGAACUAAAGUUGUUUGGUAAUAAUACGCCCCAGCUUGUCGAGGCAAAUCUCUUAUCUGUGUCCUGCCAUGCUAAGGUUCUUGAAUCUUUCUCCCGUCUCAAGGGUAUAUCUUUAUGCUUACCUGAAGAGGUGCAGUACCCUACUGGUAUUGUUUUAUCUCAGCUUGUGUUUUUAAAGAUUUGUUCAUGUGAAAGUAAUUGGAUGAAUAUGCUUAUGAGUGUGCUCCAACAUUCACCUAAACUAAAAGUUCUCAAGCUUGCACUGAACCAUUCGGUGACUGAGGAUCGUAAAGUUUUCUGGACUCAGCCAAGUUGUGUUCCUCAAUGCUUGUUGUACCAUCUCGAAACCUUUAAGUGGAGAGACUAUGACGGAACAGACGAAGUAGAGAAAGAAAUGGCGAUUUAUAUCUUGAAGAAUGCGAGCCGAUUAGUGACUGCAACUAUCUACUACCCUGAUUUAUUCGAGUGGGAGCGCAAGCUUCAAAUGUCAAGGGGUUCAAGAUCUUGCAAACUAACUAUGGGAUGAAUCAUGAAAGUAUUAUGUUUGCUUCUUUCUUUUGGGUUUUGUCUGAACAAUGCAUCAGAAUUCAGAACCAUUGUUCAGAGUACGCAUAGGCGAUGGGGAGGCUGUCGGAUUUUCGAUAUUAUGCUCAUAGGUCCCAUUCGGAUUUUACUAAUUAUCGGUUUGGAUUCGGUUUGGUUUGAAUCGGAUUAUAACUAAUGUUUAAAAUCGUCCAAAAUUUUUUUUUUUUUAAACUAAAAAAAUUAACAAAAAAAUACUCAAAAAUGGGAUGAAAGUAUUAUGUUUUCUUCUUUCUUU